GGUUAUGCCGGGCAGCGGGAGCCUUUUCUCAGGGUCACCACCGUUUCGCUCUUCCGCACAACACCAUUCUCCUCUUAUAGGAUCCUCCACACCACCCGCGAUAUACGAGACUGGCAAUGAAUUUCCGCUACCUGCUCGGCCGUCAGGCCGACGAAGGCCUGGCAUUUCUACAGCGCCCAGCACGCCAGCGCUGCCUACCACGACGCGAAAGCCUUCGGGCUCAUUCUCACAAGCCUUCAAAUUCCCUCCUGCUCCCCCUCCUCCAAACAACGUACCCGCAAUGUCUCCCUCAACACCCCCAGAGUCUGCCAUCAGCCCCCGUGCACGAACGCCGCAGCUUCGCGGGAAUUCUCCCCGGCCGCCAGAAGAGCCUCCGCCUGGAAUAGAAGUCUUGUCACCAAUUCCGCGUAUAUUGUCUGGAUCCAGCAUAAAUGGCACCCCAAGGAGUAGCGGGGAGUUCUACUCUAUGAGCAAUAACUCGUCGGAGACGCUGGCAUCGGAAUACAUACCUCCAACGACCGCUCGAUUGCUCCCGAGACCGAUUCAUAACAGACAGGGGUCACGCUAUAAUGGUCAAAGCCAGACGAAAGCUCCAGAAAGCCUGAUGAUGGGAUAUGCACAGAUCAUGGGUUCGUUCACUCUGGACGGCUCUCUGAUAAACCAGGCACCAUUCGAAGAAGUCAAGAGGAAGGGUGUUGUUGGCGGCCAGGGCGGCGGUGGCGUGGUUGGCGUAGAACGAACGAAGAGAGAUAGUGGGCUGUUCGGUGCACUCGGAUGGGGAAAUAUUGGAGAGUCUCUAGGUGGUCUUAUUGGAAACUCCGAGCCUUCCAGCAUUAGAGAGAUGAGGGGUAUCGCCAGUUUGAAGACCGUUCCAUUGAUCACAACGCCUCAGUCAAUUCUUUUCGUUGAUCUCCGACUUGCUCCUGGAGAAAGCAAAAGCUACCAGUACACGUUCACGUUACCAAGUGGAUUACCGCCCACUCACAAGGGGAAGUCUAUGAAGGUAGAAUAUCAUAUUACCAUUGGAACUCAGAGACCGGGAUCUGCCAAAGACCAGCAGAUAAAGCAUGUCGAUGUUCCUUUUCGAGUUUUCGGAAGUGUCAACAGUCGUGGUGAGAUACUGGGGCAUGAUUUGAUGUCUCCAUAUAUUCUCCUAAAAGAUCUCGCCAAGACUUCAACCGUAGACCCUAAUGCGCUCGUAUCGAACGGAAUCUCGAAAUCGCCUGCGAAACAGCCUGAAACCGAGGAUCCGCUUUCAGACUUCCUGGGCUACGUAGAUAACCUUCUAGAGAAACCUCGCCAAAAUUCGAGCAUGGGCCUGCUAUCGCCUACCGAACCUAUCCCUGGAAGGCUUUCAGUGGCCGAGGAGCCCGAAACGAUGAAAGAAGCCAUCGAUCUAGCGAUCCUCCGGAGCAACGUCACCAGCGCAUCCAACCAGAGCGCCAACAGAUUCGAAAUCGCCCGCAGCGGACGACGCGUAGCUGUCAUUAUGCUCGCCCGUCCCGCAUACCGACUCGGCGAGACCAUAUCCGCUGUUAUUGAUUUCAAGAACGCAAAUAUCCCGUGCUACUCGGUACACGUGUCGUUAGAGACCUCCGAGAAGGUCGACCCAGCCAUCGCGCUGCGCUCAAACGCUAGCAUCUACCGCGUAACGAGGAAAGUGCAUGCGUCCUUCGCCGAGAACACCCUUUUCGCUCAGCGCUUGUCUUUCUGCCCUACGAUCCCGCCGAAUAGUACGCCGGAGUUCAUCACUAGCGGCGUUAGUCUUGAGUGGAAGCUAAGAAUCGAAUUCAUCACGCCGCGCCUCACGCACGAAGAUGGCGAUGAGGCGAUCUGGAACGAAUUGCUCGAGGAGAUAUCUAGCGAUGACCGCGGUGUCAUACUCGGCGCAGUGGAGAGGCUGCCGUGCGAUAGCUUCGAAGUCGCUGUGCCUGUGAGGGUUUAUGGCGCGGUGGCUGGUCCUGGGGAGGCUGUGGAUGCGGAGGGCCUUGCUGUCUAAUGAGUUCGUGGGUCGUGAUAGCAUGACGCCGGGUUGGAAAAUCUUGGGUGCUGAAGGUGGCGUUAGGGCUGCUAUCUGCUACUUGUACAUUAUGGGCCACAAGAGUUAAUGUGGUUUUCGGCCAUGCUAAAAGCGAGGGGAGGGUCGAGCUAGAUCGGUUCAAUUAGAGUAUAUUCUUUUACACGGCCUUGAAAUGCUGG